UAGAAAAGUUGGGUUAGGAAAUUGAUAGUCACAAGAAUGUAAAUAAACAAACGCCUAAAUAAAUAAAAGUAAAAGAAAGUGAAGCAAAAGUCUAUUGGAGGCAUUCUAUACAAGUCAAUAAGAAAAAUGAGUAAUAUUUAUAUUCAAGAACCUCCAACUUCCGCUAAGAUAUUAUUAAAAACUUCUGCUGGAGAUAUAGACGUCGAGUUAUGGGCCAAAGAAACCCCGAAGGCGAGCCGGAACUUCAUCCAACUCUGCCUGGAAGGAUAUUACAACAAUACAAUUUUCCACAGAGUAGUGAAAGACUUUAUAGUACAAGGAGGUGAUCCAAGGGGCGAUGGCACCGGUGGUGAAUCGGUUUAUGGAGAGCCUUUUAAGGAUGAAUUUCACCAGAGGUUAAGAUUUUCCCGUAGAGGGCUUGUAGCCAUGGCUAAUGCUGGAAAAGAUGAUAAUGGCUCGCAGUUUUUCUUUACUUUAGCGGCGACACCCGAGUUGCAAAACAAACAUACGAUUUUUGGAAAAGUUGUGGGGGAUACAAUUUUUAACAUGUUAAAAUUGGCUGAGGGCAUGGUAAAGGAUGAGCGUCCAGUUUAUCCUUAUAAGAUAAUUAAAACAGAAGUAUUGAACAAUCCUUUUGAUGAUAUUGAGCCUCGAGUGAAAGAAGUUAAGGAAAAAAAAGAAAAGAAAAAGGAGAAAAAACCUGGAGUAAAGAAUUUCAAAUUGCUUUCCUUUGGAGAGGAGGCGGAGGAAGAUGAAGAAGUAUCUACAAGGGAGAGUGAGAAAUAUGCGGCCAAAGGCAAAUCUUCGCACGAUAUACUUAAUGACCCAAAGCUCAGUUCGGAAACAGAAGUAAAAGAAAGUCAACCUGAAGAAGAAGAAACAAUAGAUCCAGAAAAGCAACUAGAAAAUAUCAGAAAGAAGUUGAAAACUAGUCAUAGACCUGCCAAACUGAAUCAAAAGCCAUCAAAAUCGGCUACUGUUGUGGAUGUGGACGAUGAUGCUGAUCUUGAAGAAUAUUAUUUACAUUCUGAUAGGGACAAAGAGAGAAAAAAGAAGAUGGAAGAACUAAAAAAAGAAAUUCAAACUGUAAAGAAAGAGUAUCAGCAAAACAAACUAAAAAAUGAAGAAGAACAAAAAGAAAGGUCUAAAGAAGACGGUGAGAAGAACGAAACUUUCGAAGCAUAUAAAAAAGAGGUGGACAUAUAUAGAAGCAGAAAGAAAUCUCUGCCAAAAAAAGGUGCCGGCCGUGAAGAGUUCACUCUAAAAAUGCUAGAGAGUUUUAAGCAAAAGUUACAUUCGGCUAAGGAAAAGGAAGAAGAGGAUGAAGAGGAGGAGAAGAAGGCUGAGACAAGUGAAAAGAAAGAUAAAGAUGAGAACGUGGAUAAGGAGGAAAGUUGGUUGGGGCAUAAACUUCAAUUUAAAGACAAUUUGGUACUGGCAAAAGACGCCAAUACAAAGGAUGAUGAUUGGUUCGAAAUUUACGAUCCGAGAAAUACGCUAAAUAAGAGGCGAAGAGGAGAACCUACAAAAAAGGAUGUUAAAAAAUAGUCAAUAAAAUUGUAAUGGUAAAAAAUCUA